AUGGCGGAGGAGCGGGGAGCGGCGGCGGUGGCGGAGGAGGGGGCUCUGCGGCUGCCAUGGCGGAGCCUGGAGGGGAAGGUGGUGAUGGUGACCGGCGCCUCAUCUGGCCUGGGCCGGCAGAUCUGCCUGGACCUCGCCGGAGCCGGAUGCUUAAUCGUGGCCGCCGCCCGGAGGGUCGACCGGCUGGAGUCCCUCUGCGAGGAGAUCAGCCGGUUGGCUCCGCCGCCGGCGAGAGUCGCUGCGCCGGUGGAGCUCGACUUGAGCGCCGACGGGAGCUCCAUCGAGCGCUCCGUUCAGAAGGCCUGGGAGGCCUUCGGCCGCAUCGACGCGCUGGUCAACAACGCCGGAGUUCGAGGUAUCCCUCUCCGUCCUCGCCCAGUUUCCGCUGAAAUCUGUAGGUCUUCUCUCCUCGAAGAAGAAGAAGACUUGGUUCCACGGGGGAUGAUGGGAAUCGCCAUUGAUUUCUUGCCUGGUUCAUCCAGAUUGAGAUAUGAACUGGGGAAUUCUCGAUUGAUUACCCAGACGGGAUGCCCUGAUUGAAGAACCCAAGUGAGAGAGAGAGAGAGAGAGAGAGAGAUGCAUCUGUUCUUCGCACCAGGACUCCCACGAAUGACGCUAUGUCUUCGUUCGAUCGGAAAUCCACUUGAAAUAGAGGCCCGGUGCACGAACGGGCUCAUCCAUUUGGUUUCCCUCUCUAGAAAGAUUAAAUAUUUAAACCCAGGAGGGCGACCUGCAUUAAAAAUCCGAACGGGGUUGAUUUUCUGCUUCAGGGAUUCAUUUUGCUUAGCUGAAAAUGGGUGUUCCAGCAUCAAAAAGCCCCCCCUCCUUUCUAAUAAUGGCUGUGGAUCAGGAGCCGUACGGUCCCCGGUUGACUUGCCGGAAGAGGAGUGGAGCAGCAUUCUUGCCACUAAUCUGACGGGGACGUGGCUGGUGUCGAAGAGCGUCUGCCGGCGGAUGAGGGACGCUGGCCGGAAGGGAUCCAUAAUCAGCGUCUCGUCCAUCUCUGGGCUUAAUCGUGGUCAACUACCCGGCGGGCUUCAUUACUCCGUGUCGAAGGCGGGAGUCAACUCCAUGACCAGGGUAGUCUUCUCCGUCCUGCAAUUGGGGGGCGGGUUCCGGGCGUUGAUUCUUUUGUCUGAAAGAGUCUUGCGAUGGGUGACAGGUGAUGGCUCUGGAGCUGGGGCCGCACAAGAUCCGGGUCAACUCGAUAUCGCCGGGCCUGUUCAGGUCGGAGAUCACCGCCGGCCUCAUGGAGAAGGAAUGGCUCAGCACGGUGGCCGCCAGGACCGUCCCGCUGGGGACGUUCGGCUCGUCGGAUCCGGCGUUGACCUCCGUCGUCCGCUACCUGAUCCACGACUCGUCGGAGUACGUCACCGGAAACAUAUUCAUCGUCGACGCCGGCGCUACUCUGCCGGGCAUCCCCAUCUUCUCUUCCCUUUGA